GAUUUUACAUAGAUAAAUUAACUUAAGUAAGCAUAGGUUAAAGGUUUUCAUGUAUGGAGAUAAACAAGCCAUUCUUAGGCGUUGUUACUGUACAAUUGAUAUAUGCAGUGUACUUUGUACUCACAAAGCUUGCUUUCGAUGUGGGAAUGAACACAUUUGUGUUUGUGUGCUACAGACAAGCUGCCGGCACUCUUGUCUUGGCCCCCAUUGCCCUUUUAGUCGAAGGCAAAAGAGCUCCUCCGCUUUCAUUCACAACUUUCUCUAAGAUUUUUAUGUUCUCCCUUCUAGGAAUUACGGUGAGCUUGGACGUGGUUGGCGUAGGUUUGAAGUACACGUCAGCAUCUCUUGGAGCCGCCACUACCAACACUCUUCCUGUUUUAACUUUCUUUCUUGCUGUUCUAUUAAGACUGGAGACGUUGAAUCUAAGGACAAGCCCUGGAAUAAUGAAGAUAGCUGGGGUAGGACUUUGUGUAGGAGGAAUUGUAAUUAUCGCAUUCUAUAGGGGCCCUUUAUUCAAAUUACUUCUCCACGAUCACUUGAUUAGUAGUUACUCAGAACCAACCCAGGAAAAGGUGUCGUCAUCAUCGACAUGGAUUAAGGGCGUCUUUCUCAUGCUGCUUUCUCAGAUGGCAUGGGCUUUGUGGCUUGUUUUACAGGGACGAGUACUAAAAAGUUAUCCAUCAAAGCUGCUGUUAACAGCUCUGCAAUGCUUGUUGAGCACGGUACAGUCGUUCAUAAUAGCGGUUGGUGUAGCAAGAGAUCCUGCUCAAUGGAAACUUUCAUGGAACAUUAGACUUGUAUCUGUAGCCUAUUGCGGAAUAGUGGUGACUGGCUUUACAUUUUACCUGCAAGCAUGGAUAAUUGAGAAGAAAGGUCCAGUCUAUCUGGCCAUGGCCACUCCACUUGUUAUGGUCUUUACAAUCUUGCUCUCAGCAGUUUUCUUGGGAACAACUAUUAGUCUCGGAAGUAUGUUGGGAGCAAUUUUUCUGAUUGGAGGGCUUUACUUCGUACUUUGGGGGAAGCGCAACGAGGAAAAAAGCCUAAAAAAGUUGUCACAAAUCGGUGAUGUUGAGAACGCACCUGUAGCAUCAUAAUAUGAUCAAUGUACUUUUAAACAUUUUUCUGCCCACCAAAGUCUGGUGUUUUCCUAUUUUAACUUCUUUGGAAGUAUUUUGUCUUCUUUAUUUGGGAAUAUUUUGUAAUAUUGUUAGGAGUUUUUAUGUUAAUGAGGCUCUCCCGNAAAAUUCUCUUUUUUAAUUGU